UAUAAUUUCCUGGUUUAGUCUUAGAGCCUUUCUUAAGCAACAGAACAACAUUAAUUAUCCUCCUAUUCUCCUAAGGUUGUUUUAAGAUUGUUUUAUGUAUCUCUGCUACAGCCCCUGUAAUUUCUUAACUAGCCUCCCACAGGAUCCAAGAGAACAUCUCAUCAGGCCCUGAGGAUUUAUCCACCCUAAUUUCCUCCAAGACAGCAAACACCUCCUCCUCUGUAAUCUGAGUAGGGUCCAUGACCUCACUGCUGAUUUGCAUCAAUUUUAUAAACUCUGUAUCCAUCUACUGAGUAAACACAGAAGCAAAAAAUCCAUUUAAGAGCUCCCCCGUCUCUUUUGGCUCCAUGCAUAGAUAACCACUCUUCAAAGAAUACAUGGAACACCAAUAACAGUACACGGCAGUACAGGCCCUUUACCCCACAAUGUUGUGCCAAUCCCUUAUCCUACUCCAAGAUCAACUGAACCCUUCCCUCCCACAUAGCCCUUCAAUUUUGUUUUAUCUAAGUGUCUCUUAAGUGUCCCUAAUGUAUUUCCCUCUACUAUUACCUCUGGCAGCACAUUGUACACACCUACCACUCUCUGUGUGAAAAAACUACCCCUGACAUCCCCCUAAACUUUCCUCCAAUCACAUUAAAAUUACACCCCUACGUAUUAGCAAUUUCUGCCCUGAGAAAAAAGUCUCUGGCUGUCCAUUCUACUUAUGCCUAUUAUCAUUUUAUACACCUCUAUCAAGACACCUCUCAUUUUCCCUCACUUGAAAGAAAAAAAAUUCUAGCUCGCUCAACCUUUCCUUUAUAAGACGUGCUCUCCAACCUAGGCAGCAUCCUGGUAAAUCUCAUCUGUAUCCUCUCUAAAGCUUCCACAUCCUUUCUAUAAUGCGGUGACCAGAACUGAACAUAAUACUCCAAAAGUGUGGUCUAACCAGCAUUUUAUAGAGCUGCAACAUUACGUCGCAGCUCUUAAACUCAAUCCCCAACUAAUGAAGGCCAACGCACCAUAUGCCUGCUUAACAACCUGAUCAACUUGCACUGUGAACUGGAGCAAUCUAUGGACACAGACCCCAAGAUCUUUCUGUUCCUUCACACUGUUAAGAAUCCUGCAUUCUGCCUUCAAGUUUCAUCUUCCAAAGUGAAUUACCUCACACUUUUCUAGAUUGUACUCCACCUGCAACUUCUCAGCCCAGUUCUGCAUGCUAUCUAUGAUCUGUUGUAACCUGUGACAAACUUCUACACUGUCCAUAACACCAUCAACCUUUGUGUCAUCUGCAAACUUAGUAACCCUUCCACUUCCUCAACCAAGUCAUUUAUAUGUAAAUAUCCCAAAGAUCAGGGGUCCUAGGACUGAUCACGGUGGAGCACCAUUGGUCAUUGACUGUCAGGUAGAAUAUGGUACAUCUACUAUCCCCAUUUGCCUUCUGUGGGCAAGCCAAUUCUGAAUCCAUGCCACCAAGUUUCCCUGCAUUCCAUGACUCCCAACAUGCUGAAAGAGCCUACCAUAGGGAUUCCUGUCAAAUGCCUUAAUAAAAUUGAUAUGCACCAUAUCUUCCUAGCAGUAAAAGCCUUAAUACAAACAUGAAAGAAGAAGCCCUUGUAAGAUUUAGGCCUGGGCUUUAGCUUCCUGAUAACUUGGAGUCAGGAAUGGCAGGAUGAGAGGAAGGGGAAUAGUAGACAAAAAGCAGAACUCAGUUCAAUUCAUUUUGGCACAACCAUAACAGAUUAUUAAUUUCCAUCACAGCUUUUUGUGCUGAGCAAAGACAAUGAUGAUGAACACAAUUCAGUUUCAACCCCAAAAUUUAAUAUAUCCUGUAAGCUUGACACUUGAGAGCUUUCUGAGUUGUAUGAAUCACCAAAUUGAUUGGCAAAAUGGGCUACAAAUGCACAAGGCUACCUCUAAAAUUAUAAUCCCUUCCCUAAAACUCAUGCUGAGGCUGUAAGAGCAACAAUAGGUGUCCUAAUCCCAAUGAAGAGUGGAUUAUCUCCACCAAAGUUGCCACAGACAUCAGCGGCCACUGUCUGGUCCUCCACACUUGUAUUUAGUGACUCUGGUGCUUUGGUGAACUUAUUUAAUUGGGGAAGUUGAGCACAAUGGUACAUUCACCCACAUCCUGAAGCACCAAAUCUCACUUUGGGGAUCCAUCAAGAGCCCUUUUCCUCUGCCCUUCCACACAGCUACUUCUGAUCAGCCUCAUCUUUCUGCAGUGUUGUAUCUUUCCUUCAUUGUCACAAUCCAUCCAUGCAACAUAUAUUCACUCUUGCUCAAAAUUCUCUUCUUUCCCCCCUUGCGGAGUCUGGAAAGCUGGACAAAGAACUGAAGGUAUCACUGCAAGCUCCAGCCAGUUGUCAUCAGUGAAGUAAUUAGCUUUAGAGCUAAACACCAUGACCAAAUCUAUGAUAACUACAUGUGGAGAGAUGUAUGUCUCACAGCUACGUGAUUACAGAAUCAUUUUGUCCUGUUAUCACAACAAUCGAUAUAAUAGAUUCAAUGUCAGAAAUAAAUAACUUCCAUGGUGAAGAUUCAGACAUUUUAUUCCAUGCAAACCAUCAAUCAGAACGUGCAACAGACUGAUGAUCUCAUAAGAGGAUACUCACUGUCACAAACUUAUAAGACCAUAAGAUAUAGAAGCAGAAGCAGGCCAUUCAGCCCAUCAAGUCUGCUCCAUCAUCCAAUCAUAGCUGAUCCAAUUCUUCCAGUCAUCCCUACUACCCUGCCUUCUCCCCAUACCCUUUGAUGCCCUAGCUAAUCAAGAACCUAUCUAUCUCUGCCUUAAAUGCACCCAAUGAUGGCCUCCACAACCGCUCGUGGCAACAAAUUCCACAGAUUUACCACCCUCUGACUAAAGUGAUUUCUCCACAUCUCUGUUCUAAUGUGCCAAGCUUGCACCUUGUACUUUGUUCAGCUGCCACAAAACAACAAAUUUCGCAAAAUAUAUUGGUAAUGAUAAAACCUGACUCUGCUUUUCCCCCCACUACUUUCAAAUCUCUUAGUAUCUCUCCUUUCAGUUAGUCCUGACGAAGGGUCUCGGCCCAAAACGUCGACGGUGCUUCUCCUUAUAGAUGCUUGUGGUGAACUACGUGUGCCUAUCUGGACAUGCCCCCUGCUGACUGCUCCUGUGGCUCCUCCCACAGGCCCCUGUAUAAAGGCGAUCUGAGGCCUAUGCUCGGCCUCAGUCUCCAGGAUGUAGCAUGAUGGUCACUCACUGCUGGUUCCUUCUUCCAGUCAAUAAAAGCCGAUAUCUCGCCUUUACGUCUCAGAAUGAGUUAUUGAUGGUGCAUCAAUUUUAUUGACUGGAAGUUUUAAAACAUGGAAACCGUUUUACGUCCAGAAAGGUUGGAUUUGGACCCUCAAGACCCUGAAGCAGCUCUUGCUUUUGAACUCUGGCUUGCAUGCUUCCAAUCAUACUUGGAGGAGUUUCGUGCAACUGACCCUGCCUCGAGGGUCACCCCAAAAGUUUAUUCCAUUAUCCGGGACCUGCCGACCUACGAUGGGGCACUAGACGCCCUCAAAAGACAGUACCUGCGGCCAGUGAACACCAUCUACGCAAGACAUCGUUUAGCUACCAGGUGACAGCCGCCUGGCGAAUCGAGCGCCGAGUUUCUCCGAGCACUACAGACACUUGUCCAAACUUGUGACUGCAAGACGCUCACGGCAGAACAGCAUGCGGAGCUGCUGGUGCGAGACGCCUUUGUGACGGGACUGAGGUCAGUGUACAUGCGCCAGCGGCUGCUGGAAAAAGCCGAUCUUACCUUACGCUCGGUGAUCGAGACGGCCAACGCUCUGGAAGCUGCUCUGCACAACGCUGAUGCUGUCCAGUCGCGCGAUUCCCCGCCGGUUCCGUGGACACCUCAGACCCCGCCACCGCCGGCUCCCAGGAGCGAAUUCGCCAAUGCCGCUGCCAGUCGCGAUUCCACCAGCUCCCCGAACCCGACCACGGCUGCGGCCCAUCAGAAGCCCGUGCUUUGUUAUUUCUGCAGACUCAAAAAGCACCCCCGAAAACGCUGCCCAGCGCGAGAAGCGACCUGCUCCAGCUGCGGAAAGCGGGGCCAUUUCGCCAAGGUCUGUAAGUCUAAACUAUCAGCGGAGUGUAGCGCUGCAGGUGAGACGUGGGGGCCGCCAUCUUGCAUACCCGGAUGUGGGCGGCUAUCUUUGUCUGCGUCAGCAUGCCCCGCCCCCGACCCUCCGAAGCUUACCGGGUACCCCGGAUGUGGGCGGCCAUCUUUGUCAACGUCAGCACGCCCCGCCCCCGACCCUCGGAUGCUGACCGGGUACCCCGGAUGUGAGCGGCCAUCUUUGUCGACGUCAGCUCGCCCCGCCCCCAACCCUCCGAUGCUUACCGGGUACCCUGACGGCUCAACUCUGGCCACUGUAACCCUCGACCAAAGCGCCCCACACCAGCUUGCAAGGUCUAUGAUGGACAUCCAGGUGGAGGGGCACAGGACUAGAUGCCUGUUUGACACGGGCAGCACUGAGAGUUUUAUUCACCCGGACACAGUGCAACGCUGUGGACUCACAACACAGCUGGAAGUCUGUCACUGGGACCACCCUACCAGUUUGGCUGACGUCCCCGGGGCCAGUGCUGCUCUGGAAACAUGUGAGGAGUAAUAAAUACUCCCCGCUGGUUGAGAGGGUUCACCUUCUACAUGUGAACCCCCAGUAUGCCUACGUGGUCUUACCUGAUGGGCGGGAGGACAUGGUCUCCAUCCGCGACCUGGCACCCGCAGGUGCAGCAGACCACUACCCUGAAGGCUCUCCGGUAACUAUGAACCCUGUGCCUGAGGUGACACUGUGCUCACCAGGCCCUACACAGACUCCUCACGACACUUAUAUACCAGGCGUUUCGUACGCAUAUAUACCAGGCGCCUCGCAGAUGCGUGAGGGAUCACUGGCGCCUAGUGGGCUGGAACCAGCACAACCUCCGUCUCCUGUGCAAUCACCAAUGUCGCCGGCAUCUGUGCAAUCACAGCCGGUGCUACGUAGAUCGCAGCGACAGAUUCGACCACCUGAUAGACUUGACCUGUAAGAAACUUCGCCACAUGGGGACUCUUUCAAACAGAGGGGGGGGGUGAAUGUGGUGAACUACGUGUGCCUGUCUGGACAUGCCCCCUGCUGACUGCUCCUGUGGCUCCUCCCACAGACCCCUGUAUAAAGACGAUCGAGGCCUGAUGCUCGGCCUCAGUCUCCAGGAUGUAGUAUGGUGGUCACUCACUGCUUGUUCCUUCUUCCAGUCAAUAAAAGCCGAUA